AACGCGCAACAAUUUCUUGCAACCGAUUAAGGCAAACGAUAGAAUGAGUGGUUGAGUGGAUUCUCAAAGUAUUUACGAUAGAAUGGACGCUUUAGGAGGUUCAUGGUGGAGCACCCACCCUUUCAACCAAUUUCGUCUCAGAGGAAGAAAACCACGAAGAAGAGAGAGAAACCACAAGCACAACGCCUCUUCAUCGGAGUCUUCUGCUCAGCCCAACUCCGCCCACCAUUUCCCGCUUAAGCAAGCGCUGACUGCUGGAUCUCUCGCCUUAGCCGGCGACACCAUUGCUCAGCUCCGACAACGCUGGACUUCUAUCACCCACAAAUCUGAUACUGAUGACUCUGAUAAGGAUAUUAUCCAGAGUCUUAUUUCAAGUCAUGACUGGUUACGAGCCCUUCGAAUGACUUCCUAUGGGUUUUUGCUUUAUGGCCCUGGAUCUUAUGUGUGGUAUCAAACCCUAGAUCGAUAUUUUCCUCAGCCAACGGUUCAGAACCUACUAACAAAGGUUUUGUUGAACCAAAUAAUUCUCGGUCCAUCAGUUAUUGCUGUUGUCUUUGCAUGGAAUAAUUUAUGGCAAGGGAAGCUAUGUGAGCUACCAAGAAAAUAUCAAAAGGAUGCCCUUCCUACCCUGCUUGUUGGAUUUAGAUUCUGGGUUCCAUAUAGUGUACUGAACUUUUGGGUUGUUCCUCUUCAGACGCGGGUGGCUUUCAUGUCUUUUGGUUCCAUUUUUUGGAAUUUUAUCCUCUCUUCUACAAUGACCAAGUAAAGCUGCAUUCAACGUACCUUACCAUGAGAUUAUGAGAAGAAUUCCCAAACCAUGUGCAAUUCUGUAUCCUUCCGAGUUUCCUGCCUUUCUGAAGUUCUGAAGUUCAGAAAUUAGGUACUCGUCUAAUAGCUUCAGAUUAAACAGGCCAAGGAGUAUGGAUCUUCACUAGUUUUGGAUAUAUAAAUUCAGAGCCAAUUGUAAUACUUUAGGUUCAGAUAAAAGUUUCAAUUUUUUAGCCAGACUUUUGGUUUUUGGCUGGCCAGGUACCGUGUUGCCCUGCUUUCAUUUUACUGAAUUGACAUAUUAUCAGAAAAUUGUGAUGAAAAUGAAAGAAAAAAAUUUGCUGGCUGCUUUAUUGCCACCAAGUUCAAACUGGAGUUGGAAAUUUGUCCAAUGAGUUAUGUUAUAACUAUUUUAUCAAACAUUAUUUUUCUGUA